AUGUCCAGCAUUUCAGAAGACCUCUACCUUCAAAUCCUUAUAAGGGUACCAGUGAAAUUUACGUUUGUAUGCAAGUGUGUGUGCAAGAAUUGGUUAGAUCUAAUUUCUAGUCCUAAGUUUAUCAAAAUGCAUCUUGAUUUUAAUAUCCAAAAGAAUAACUAUAAUCUCAUGCUUAAUGAGUUUAGUGAGUUUAGCCAGGAUUACGAAUUGCACUCCAUAAGUUAUAAUUCAUUAUCGGUAGCGUCCGUGAAUGAAUUCCAAGAUGGUGUUGUUAAUAUGAAUUACCCAUUUAUAUCCGAGGAUCAUGAUGUUGCAUUGAAAAGUUCAUGUGAUGGUUUAGUUUGCUUAGGUUUUCAUGAUGGUAGCGAUUUCUUCUUGUGUCUUUGGAACCCAGCCACCAAUGAGUAUCUUGAACUUCCUGAACCACCCCGUGAAGAUGCAAACGAGUGUGAGCACUCGUAUUUGUUAGACUUAUUUUCCAUUUAUGCUUUAGGUUAUGAUUACAAGAUAGAUGAUUACAAGUUGGUAAAAGUCUUGAUGGGAGGAAGGGACAGUUUAAUCUACAUUUAUACGUUGGGAUCAAAUUCCUGGGAAUCCAUUCAAACCAUCCCUUAUAAGUGUACUAUUAAUACAGGGUCUGCUGGGGAUAUUAUUGGUGGAGCUGCUCAUUGGUUAGUCGAAACCCCGACCAACUCCAAGGCUAUAGUGUCCUUCGAUAUCAGCGAACAGAGAUUAGAAGAAUUGCAACUACCAGAAGAACCUCUGAUAAAGAAGCAGACUUUCACUCUGGGAAAGUGGGAUGAGUCUCUCUGUCUACUUGUUAAUGUUGAUAACAAUAUUCAAUUUGAUGUAUGGGUGAUGCAGGAGUACAGAGUUCAGGAUUCUUGGUCUAAACAUAUUUCUGUUACCCUGAGAUCGGUUGCAAAGGACUCCUUUUUGAGGCUGAUGUGGUCUUUCAAGAAUGGUAAGAUUCUACUUAAGACUAGCGGUGAUUUAGUACUGUAUGACCCGACGAAUGCAAGUCCAAGCGAAACAUAUAUUUGUUGUCGAAGGCUGGUGCCCGGAGUGGAGAAUUAUGUCGAAAGCCUAGUUUCGCUCAACUCUGGUACUUAUGUGGGAAGAUAG